UGUGUUUUGCUUCAAUGAAGGUCUUUGCUGUUCUUCUACUUUCACUGCUCUUGUUGAGUAGUGUUGCCGAGUCAUCGCAUGGUUCUGAUCACCACCAUUCAAGCCCUCCUCCGGGCGACUCUGAUGAUCAUCAUCAUGAUCAUGAUCAUCAUCAUCAUCAGUCUCCAAGUGAGUCUCCUAAUACCCUUCCCCCAACAGAUCUCCCUCCAAGUGUCCCUCCUACCCACCUUCCUCCAGUGAAGCCUCCAAGUCUCUCUCCUCACCACCAUCCAAAUCUCCCUCCACCAGUUCAGCCACCAAGUAUCUCUCCGCACCACCAUCCAAGUCUCUCUCCUCACCACCAUCCAAGUCUCCCUCCACAACUUCAGCCACCAAGUCUCCCUCCACAACUUCAGCCACCAAGUCUCUCUCCGCACCACCAUCUAAGUCUCUCUCCUCACCACCAUCCAACUCUUCCUCCACCACUUCAGCCACCAAGUCUCCCUCCACACCACCAUCCAAGUCUCUCUCCUAUCUACCCUCCUCCAGUUGAGCACCCUCCAACUCAUCCUCCUCACCACCAUCCAAGUCCAUCUCCUAUAGACUAUCCACCAGUUGAUCACCAUCCAUCUCAUCCUCCUCACCACCAUCCAACUCCAUCCCCUAUAGACUCUCCUCCAGUUCACCCUCCAACUCAUCCUCAUCCGGUUCGAGGAUUUCGAUUCUUCUCCCCACAUGAGUACCCUCCAAGUCACUCUCCUAGCCAGCCUCCUACAAUCCCUCCACCAGUUCACCCUCCAACUCUCUCGCCACAUCACCCACCGAGUAUCUCUCCAGUGUACCCUCCUAGUCACUCUCCUAGCCUCCCUCCUACAUUCCUUCCACCAGUUCACCCUCCAACUCUCUCGCCACAUCACCCACCGAGUCUCACUCCUGUGUACCCUCCUAGUCACUCUCUUACCCUCCCUCCUACACUCCCUCCAGUUCACCCUCCAACUCUUCCUCAUCCAGUUCGAGGAUUCCGGUUCUUCUCCCCACAUGGGUACCCUCCAAGUCACUCUCCUAGCCACCCUCCUACAACCCCUCCACCAGUUCACCCUCAAACUCUCUCGCCACAUCACCCACCUAGUCUCUCCCCACAUGUUUACCCCCCUAGUCACUCUCGUAGCCUUCCUCCUACACUCCCUCCAGUUCACCCUCCAACUCUCUCGCCACAUUACCCACCUAGUCUCUCCCCACAUGUUUACCCUCCUAGUCACUCUCGUAGCCUCCCUCCUACACUCCCUCCAGUUCACCCUCCAACUCUCUCGCCACAUCACCCACCGAGUCUCUCUCCACUGUACCCUCCAAGCCUCUCACCUGAUCAAGCUCCCGAAUCCUCUCCAGACCAUAAGCCUGUUGCUGUGGAAGGGUUUGUUUAUUGCAAAUCAUGCAAAGACAAUGAUACCGAUUCGGGCACUAAACCAGUUAUAGAUGCGGUUGUCAAGCUAAAGUGCAAUAUCACCAUUGACCUGACGAUCAUUUCCACGGCGACGACGGACGAGGAUGGAUGGUUCUUCUUAGAAGCACCAAAGAACGUGACGAGUAACUUGGUUUUCAAGUGUAAGGUGUUCUUAUAUUCAUCACCAUACCCUAAUUGCCAGAAGAAAUCUAACCUUAACGAUGGGGAUACUGGAGCUACCUUGAAGUAUGAGGACUAUCCCAAUAAUUCUUCAGCCUCAGCCUCCUACGAUGUCUACACCACUGGGCCUCUUGCCUUCCAGUCCAUUUGUUGAUUGGGCUCACCACUACUCCAUUUUAGCUUUAGGCCCACUUUCCUUUCUUUAAAUAUUUAACAGUGCUUGUCCCUAAAUAAGUAUCUUCCAUGAA